AUGGAAAAAACUCCAAUACUUUGUUGUUGUAACAAAUCUACUCGUGAGGCCAUGGAAGCCCGCAACCCUGAGGCAGCAGAUGGCCGCAUGGAGGGCGCCUUCACCAGCCAGCAGGCCUUCACAAGGGAAGCGCCCACAGCCGCUCAGCACCGCGUGCCGCGAUUGGGGCCUAACCACCAGCCGCACGCGACCGUCGCCGCUGGCCAUGCUUUGGCACGCACCCUCAAGCGAAGGCGCUCUGACCCAGAGGCCAACGACGGCUCCUGCAACCUGCGCGACGCAGCUGCUACGCCCGGCACUGCAACGACAGCGGCUGCAGCCGGGGGCCCGACGUUCAGCAAUCUCCGUCCUGAAAACACAGGCCCUGGGCCGUCGGACGAUGUCACUGACGAUGCCGCAUCAGCAAGAGGCGGCAACGGCGGCGUCAUCACGUUAACAGCCGGGCAGGUGUGCUGCAAGGCUGCAGUCCAGCCGCCCAACCUCACCCCUCACCGUGGGGCAGCACAGCAGCAGAAUCAGAAUCAGAAGCAGCGAGGUCAACAUCGGCACACCCCCAUUCAGCGAAGCAACGCCAGCGCCGGCGGCGGCAGGGACCCUAAGCUGAGGCAGCGGCGCGAGGCGGCGGUGGCGGUGGCGGUAUCGACGGCGGCUCCUCCGCGGACCUUCCAGCUGGCGCCGCCGGAUGUGCUAGCGGCGCUGGGCAGCUUUGCCGGCGAGCUUGUGCGCACUCAGGCAUUGCCUGGCCUUCGGGCGCUACGGCCGCCGCCUACGGCCACCACCACUAGCGGCUGCAGCGGAGGUAUCGCGACCAUGGAACAGCUGCAGGCGUGGCUGGACAAGCAUUUAGCGGCGCUGUCGGCAGCGGCAGCGGGUCGCACGGCUAGGGCAGGAGCUGUGGAAGGUGCGGCAGUGCCUAAAGAGUGCGCUGUGCCGCCGCCUGCGGCGCCACGGGCAGCGGCGGCGCAACCGGCGGUAGUCCUGGACUUGCAGGGCGCCACCCUGCGGUCGGGCGGUCAGGGCGGUCAGGGCGGAUUGCAGGUCCGUGUCGUGGGCGGCAGGUGUAGCAGCAACGGCGGCAGAGCUUGCGACUGCAGUGGUCGUGAGGGUGGGGGCGCAGUCAUCAUCAUCCGCAAUGGCCGGCUCGACGCGUCCUGCAAGGUGUUGGUGGAGGGCGGUGCCCAGGUCAUUUUCCAGGAUGUGGUAAUUUCCAGGCCGUCGUGGGGCGGCACGGCAUCCGUCGCAGACGCGGCGACAGGCGCGGGAGGGACCGCGGGGGUAGCCCUAGCGGCAGCUAGCCCUGCGUCUGAGGAUGUGGAUGGUGACAUUGCCGCUGGCAGCCGUAGCAGCAGCAGUGGCGGCAACGGUGGCGGCAGUGAUGCAUCGCAGCAGGGGUGGGAUGCUGUGGUGGUUGUUCGCGGUGUCGGCAGCUAUGUACGGCUGAAGAACUGUACUGUGAUGGUUAGGGAGCAGAAGAAAGGAACGCCAGCCCAAGCGACGGGUGCGGGUGGGUUAGCAGCCAUGGCAGCAGGCAACGGCUCCAACGCAACCGCACCCGCCCUUGCUCAGCACUCAGUGCGCGCCGGUUGCGUCCUAGCCCUGGAGGGCGGCUGUGCGGAGCUGAGCGGCCGCUGCGAGAUCUCCGGCGGCCCCUACUUCGGUUUGGCAGCAGUGGGCCCCGGCAGCUGUGUCCGAGCCGAGCUGGUGACGGUGCAGGGCACAUCAAGUACGGCAGGCUUUCUGGCGGCGUACGGCGGCGAGUUGCAGGCCGUCAAGUGCUCCGCGCUGAGAUGUGGUGGUGGUGUAGGCUCUGGCGGCGGCGGCGAUACGCCCGGCAACCUGCUACUCACGGCACAGGGGUUCAUCGCCGCUGGCGUCGGAUACGCCGCCGUGGACGGCAGCCGUCUCGUCACCAGCCAAUGCGUAGCCAGUCAGUGCGCCUACAGCGGCUUCCUGGCGGCGGGGUCCGGUACGGAACUGGUCUCCAUCGGGGGAUGCCGGGCGGAGGAGAACGGCUGGGGGGGCUUCCUGUCGAUACACAGUGCCGUACUGCGUGUCGGACCGGGCUGCUGCGCCCUAUCCAACGGCUCGUUUGGCUUUGUUGCCGACAGUGGGGCGGUGCUGACGGCCGGCGAGGGCUGUACGGCAGAGGAUCAUGGUAAUGAGGGCUGGUUGGGCUCUCGGGAGGCGGUGGUGGUGGCGGGUCGGAACAGCCGGGCGGUGCGUAAUGGUGGAGGGGGAUUUGCGUCCCGGCUUGACUCGCUCUUGUUCGCGGGCGAGUGCUGCGUGGCGGAAGGCAACGGAGCCGACGGCUGGUCAGCGCAGGACAGCUCCCAACUGGUGCUGGCGGGCGGCUGCCGGGCGGUGGGGAACGGCGGCGCGGGCUUCACGGCCGUCGGGUUGGCGAGUGAGCGGCUACCCUGCGCGCGCUUGCAAGCCGGACCGAGGUGUACGGCUGAGCGGAACGCCUGGCAGGGAUUCGCUGCCGUACAGUACGGCACUGUGAUGGUGGGUGUCGGUGGAGCAGCACUCGGGAACGGCCUGGCGGGUUUCGCCGCGUCAUGUGGGGGUCGUCUGGCUGUUGACGGCGGUGGCGGGUGUGCGUCUGAGGGCAACCGGCGUCACGGGUUCUCCUGCGAUGGCUCGGACUCUCUGUUGUUGGUGGGUCCGGGUUGCAGGGCCGUUGGGAACCAGGGCUGGGGGGCGCUGGUGAGUGGCAGCGGUGCGGAGAUGAGGGUGUGCCAGGAGGGCUGGGCGGGGGAGACGCACCAGGCGGAGGGGCGGGACGACGGUUCCUCUGCGGCGUUGUUUGCUACUGGAUGUCGUGUGGUGAUGGGGGGGAGCCGCGCGCUGGGGGCGCUGAAGCUUUGGGUUGCCUUCGGCAUUGCGGCGCUAUCACAAAUUGCCUGA